UAAAUGUCUUGCAUUUAUCUUGGGUAAGCUGGCCACUCUAAACACCGGUUGCACGCUGUGGGCAACGAAAAUCAAAACAAAAACGAAAAUGGAGCAAACAAAACCAUUUUACGAUUUCAGCAUACCCUACAACAAGGACGACUCGGUGUUGCGGGACCUGCUUAACGAGCUGGUGGAAACGGGCUACAAAACAGUGGCCAUCGACCAGAGUUUCGACCACAGCAAGAAGGAGGCGGGCAAGCGAGGGUCCGAGAUGUUUCCCGAGCCUCACAAGAUCGAGCAUCUGCGCAAGGAGUUCCAGGACAAGCUGAAGAUCCUGCAGAGAAUCACCAUUCUCUACGUAGACGUCAAUGUGGCCCACGCGAUGAGUGUCUCCCAUAAUCUGCGGAAGUUCAAUCUCAUCGCUGGCCAACCGAAAACAGAUGCCGCCCUGACGCACUGCUGCACUGCCUUCAAUGGGGACUUGAUAACCUUUGAUCCUGCGGCUGGGUCCCGACUCUUGGUAAACCGAAAAGCAUACCAGGUGGCAGUCCGUCGGGGCAUGUUCUUCGAAAUUAAAUACGCUCCAGCUAUCUGCGAUUCGAAUAACAGGAAGGACAUGAUAAAGAUCGCCCAGAACUAUUGCACCAAAGGGAAGUCAAAGAACGUUAUCUUCAGCAGUGGUGCGGCGCACCAAUUCCAGCUGAGAGGACCUUACGAUGUUGCUAAUUUGGCCUUUAUCUUCGGCCUGUCAGAGGACCAAGGGAAAAAUGCUGUGGAUCGGCACUGCCGGCAACUUUUCCUAAAGGCUGAGUCGCGGCGUCUGGGUAAAACCAUCAUGUUUGUCAAAGGAAACGGUCCCAUAAUAUACUCGGAUAGCUCGGAGGACGAGAAAAGCACCGAAGAUGAUGAAAUGAAGGGUCUAAAACCGCAAAUUGGAAAAGCGGAUGCAUUUGAAGUCAAAGACGGAACUGAGCACGUUAUUAAACGACUUAAAGUGGCGUAGCCCUUAACUAAAAACAA